GAAAAUGCUCCACGUUUAGGGCAUAGGUUUUUACAGACGCAAGGUGUCGGUGUCAUGCUUGUUAUUUUCUGAAAUUUGGAUAUAAUGAAGAUGAAGUUGUAUACGGUGUGUAUGUUGGUGUUGGGGGUGUGUCUGAUGGGGGCGGUGUUUGCUGACACAGAAGAAGAGGAUGAUGAUGUUCAGGUGGAAGUGGAAGACGAUGAUGUCAAACCAGAAAAGCCGAAGUUUGUUCCUCCAAAGAUAGAUAAGAGUGUUCACUUUGCAGAUUCCUUUGACAAAAAAGAGAAUUUUAAAAGGUGGACUGUUUCACAAGCCAAAAAAGAUGGAGCAGAAGAAUCCAUAUCAAAAUAUGAUGGUAAAUGGCAGGUAGAGGAACCAAAGGACAGUGCUAUAGAGGGGGACCUAGGAUUAGUCAUGAAGUCCAAGGCAAAACAUCAUGCAGUAUCCUCCAAUCUUAAUAAACCUUUCAAGUUUGAUGGAAAACCCCUGAUUGUGCAGUAUGAAGUGAGAUACCAGAAUGGCAUAGACUGUGGAGGUGGAUACAUCAAACUCCUGUCAGACGAUCCUCUGUUAGACCUUCAAAAAUUUCAUGACAAGACCCCGUACACAAUAAUGUUUGGUCCCGAUAAGUGUGGACUGGAUAACAAGCUUCACUUCAUCUUCAGACACAAGAAUCCAAAGACAGGUGAAAUAGAGGAGAAACAUGCCAAGAAACCCACCGCAUCUCUAGAUAGUUACUUUAAUGAUAAGAAAACUCAUCUGUAUUCUCUCGUGGUAAACCCAGACAACACUUAUGAAGUAUCGGUAGAUGGGACUGUUGUUAAUGAGGGGUCCUUGUUAGAAGACUUCAGCCCACCGGUGAAUCCGCCAAAAGAAAUUGAUGAUCCCAAUGACAAGAAGCCAGCAGACUGGGAUGAAAGAGAAAAAAUUGCAGAUCCUGAUGCAGAGAAACCAGAGGACUGGGAUGAAAAUGAACCAGAGAAAAUUGUAGACACUGAGGCUACCAAGCCCGACGGGUGGUUGGAGAAUGAGAACAAGCUUGUUCCUGACCCAGAUGCGGAGAAACCGAAAGACUGGGAUGAUGAGAUGGAUGGUGAGUGGGAGGCUCCUCUUAUUGAGAAUCCAUUAUGUAAAGAUGCCCCUGGUUGUGGAAAGUGGGAACAACCUAUGAUUAAAAAUCCAAAAUACAAGGGAAAAUGGAGACCACCAAUGGUAGACAAUCCAAAUUACCAGGGUGUAUGGAAAGCCAGAAGAAUUCCAAAUCCAAACUUCUUUGAAGAUCUUUUACCUUAUCAAAUGAAUCCAAUCAAUGCGCUGGGAUUGGAGCUGUGGUCCAUGAAUGACGAGAUAGUGUUUGACAACUUUUUAAUCACUGAUGAUAAAGUGGUAGCAGAAAGGUGGACUGAACAGACAUUUAAUGUCAAGUCAGCCGCAGAGAAAGCAUCAUCUGGAGGGGCUUUUGGAUAUCUCUCGGCACUGAAGGGGGCGGCUGACGACAAACCCUGGCUCUGGGCUGUAUAUGUUGUGGUGCUUCUGCUCCCUAUACUGUUAAUUUCUAUCUGUUUAUGUCCCCGGAGUGGUCCCAUAAAGCCAGAGACUCUGGCAGACGCCAAAAAAACAGACGCAGUCUCACCAGACGAUGAGCAGAAAGAAGACGCAGGGUCAGCAGAGGAGGAAAAAGCGGGACCAGGGGGAGAUAAUAAACCCAGCACAAAGAAAUCCAAGUCUAGUCUAGAGACAGCAGAGGAUGAGGGAGAAGAUGAAGUAGAUGAGGACAAUGAUACGGCAGAGGAGGAAAAAGGGGAGAGUGGAUCACCAAGAAGAUCUCCCCGAAAGAGGAAGUCAAGAAAGGAUUGAUAGAAGCUGUGUACUAGAAGGAGUGAGAGACGAGUGACAGAGAUUAUAUGCAAAGCUGAUGGAAGCAGCCUAAUCCAUAGCAAAACAUCUCACAGUUCACAUCAUUCAUAAACGCUGAACAGUCUUAAAAGUCGUCAUUCUUUUUAUAAACUUUCUUUUCAUGAGUCAAGUGAGGAAGAAGAUAUGUAUGUAGGUAAUGAAUAUUUUAUGUUGUUUUACAGUGUGAUUAGAUUGAUGGAUUAGGACCCUUAAAAAUGACUUACAUUAACAUUAGAAUUAGUAAAGACUUGCAUUGGGAAGUAGGGAAAAUAUUUGGAAUUAGAAAUGAUUUGCUUCAAUAAGUAUUUAUUGUAUAUCUUUGUUAAAAUAAGUACACACUGAAUCCUUUAUAAACUUAUUGAAGGUCGUUUAAUUCCAUGCAUAAAUUUGUGGUAAUCAUCAUAUUCGUGGAUUUAAUGAUUGUCAGUGUGUUAAUACAUGUGGGUUUUUUUUUUUAAAGUUUUAAUGUAAAUUGUAUUUUAUGUCAUGUAUUUGUUAUUUGGUAGUAAAAUGUCAGGUCUGUACUGUAAAAUGAAUUGCAUCGUUGAGUGAAAUGUGUGAUGUCAUAUUUAAUAGUUGUGAUGUUUGGUGUCAGACUCUGUUGAUUCUUUAGUGAUUCACACUUAAUACUAACUUAUAGAUACAUGUACAUGUACUCAGAAUAUAUUCUUUUUUUUACGUUUUAGAUAUUGAUCUUGCUUUAAUACCUACAUGUAUUCCAGUUAUGAAUUGCCAAGAAAAACAUCAAUUUCCUAUAAAGUUUGUUAAAAAACGAAUGCUCUAUUAACAUCAGUUUCUUUCAAAGUUUGUUAACAAAUGAAUGCUCAAUUUCAAAAUCUUUUAGAAUUUGUUGCUUGCUAUUAUUUAACAUAAUUCCAUAAUCUGACUAUCUUUGUAUCUUGUAACACAGUAUGUACUGUAAACCAACUAUUAUUCGUGAAAAUCUGGGGUAAACAAGUUUGCGAAGAUUAAUUAUUGCGAUCAAGCCUUUUCUUGUUCUGUUGUUAAUAGACACAGAGACUUUGAGGACCGGUUCACAGCGAGAAAUAUUCAGAACAACCAGACUCUUGCAAUACCUCGAGAAAAAUUCUCACAGGUGAAUUAAAGUUGGUUUACAGUAUUUUCUGAUUUCUGUUCUGUAACCUGUUGUUACUUCAGUGAUGUUUGACUAUAAACAUAGAUUGUAUUCAUUGAUACACGUGUCGGGUGCAGUUUAUAUUCAGUGAGAGCUAGGUAUCAGGCAUCCUGUGGGGUGGAUGUGUCUCUUGAGAGUGUGUGUAGAGCAGAGAUGAAAAUGAUGCCUUUUUAAAAUUUAUUUAAUUUUGUUUGUGCACAAUUGUGCAAGUUUUGAAUGAAAAAUUGUUAUC